UAUAAUUUUAAACAAAUUUAUGUAUUCGAUAUAAUACGACUUUAUAACAUAAUAAUACACAAUAUACUUAAAAUACUAUCACAUUUUCAACUUCGUAUAUAACCUAUAAAACCCGCGCUUUCGAAGCGCGGGUCAAAAUCUAGUAAGAUUAUAAAGACCAAGAAGAAGAAAAAAAGAGAAGACUACAACAACUACUUGUAAAGUAUAAUCUCCAUAUCUGAGCCAACAAACCCAAUCUUCUUGAACCAUUCUUGAUUGUUAUUACAGAAGAUGGAUAAUGAUAAGAAUCACAAGACAGAGGAACCUAAACCGAGAUUGAGAUGGAGUUAUGAGCUUCAUCACAGAUUCAUCGACGCCGUUAAUCAACUUGGGGGACCAAACAGUUCUGUUUCAGUUCCCUUUGUCCUUUUGGAACCUUAUCAAGUUUGGGUGGUUAGGUCUUAUUUCUUAGUUAGUUUUUCAUUUUUGUUUUGUUAUGUGGUUGUUUUAGAGGCGACGCCUAAGGGUUUGAUGAGGGUUCUCGAGAUUCCUGAGCUUACUUUGUACCAUCUCAAGAGUCAUUUACAGAAAUAUCGGCUCGGGAUAAGCGAGAGAUUCAUUGGCAACAAGCAAGAUGCGGGAAGAUCCCAAGAAUGUCAGAGUCAAGAAGAUCUUGGAGAUCAACUAGACAUUAUUGUCCCCGAAGAAAAACAUGACGAACCUAACAAAAACUUGCAAAUCAAGGAAGCGGUAGAAAUACAAAUGGAAGUCCAGAAGAAGCUCCACGAACAAAUCGAAAUGCAGCAGCAGUUACAAGUGAGAAUAGAGGCACAAGGGAAAUAUUUACAGUCAGUGUUACUGAAAGCUCAAGAAACUCUCUCCGGUUACAAAUCUUCUAAUCUCUAUGCAGUAGCAUCGAUGGCGAAUAGAAACUGCCUCAGUUCUUCUAUCUCAGCACUGACACAAGCAGAUGAAGAUAACGAGGUUGAGGAAGAAUACGAUUUCUUGUGUACCAAGAAACCAGAAAACAGAGGAAAUGAGUCGACGAGAAGUUCAGUUGACUGCUCGUUGGCAUCAUCAGAAAGCUCAGAAGCAAAACUGGAUCAUCGUUCUCAGACCAUUAUGAGGAGAUCAGACGAGCUUCAGUUUAUGGAGAUCAAACCAGAGGAAGUGAUGGAUCGGAAGAAGAGAAGGUGGGACGAUGAUGUCCUUUGCGUAGAACAAUCUAUCCGGAAGAAAGCAUUUGGAGGCCUAGACGGUGAGGACUUGGGUCUGAAUUUAAAUAGUUUCAAGGUCAUGGAAACAAGUUACAAGUCCAACUACAAGUCCAACAAAUAGGACUAGUCUAUUAGGUUACAAGAAACCUGAGUCUCUUAAUAAUAUAUGUUAAAAUUAUAUA